AUGUCCUCUAUGGAAUCUGCCGCCAUCUCGCGCUACGAAGACGAGGUCUUCCCUCUUUCAUUUUCGAACACUGUUUUCGAGCCCCCAAUGCUGUCGCAUAGUCCAGACAGAUCAAGUUAUGCUGAUGAUUUCUCCCAAUCUUAUCAACAGGAAUUGCUAACUUCUUCGCUAUCGUACCCAAUUGUCAAUGAGUCAGAGUGCACAUACGCUAAAGAUAAGACCAGUAACAAGAUAAUAACUAGUGCCGAAGAUGAUUUUAUUUUUGAUAUGGAAUUUAGCGGUAACGCCGCCAGCACAGUGGCUGGCGCUACUAAGGAAUCUGCCAUUGCUUCGAACUAUGCGUCCGCAAACAGCGAUGCCUUUGCCAAUGUGGCACAACAGAACUAUAGACUGUGGUUGUCGUCAGUAUGA